AUGAACAAUGACGAAAGAGAUAUUUCAUUUAACAAAGAUACAGAAGAGGUUAAAAUUAAUAACCAUAGAGAUGUAACUAUGGAUGAAAACACACGAGUGUUAAGUAACAUUAAUAUCUUCCCAUAUGAUAACGAAUUACAGAACGAAGUAAACAAAAUGAUUCAAAGGAACAAUGUUUACUUUAAAAUGAAAAACCAGGAAAAUUCUUCAAAAACGGUGAAGAAAAAAAAUAUGAAAAGUAAAAAAAAGAAACUUCACGAAAGCGCAGCAUUGAGGAAAUUGAUAAAAGCGGGAAAAGACUUGGAGAAUAAUAUGCUCGACGAAAUUAGCCAAAGGAGAAAAAAAAAUAAAAUAAAAAGGGAACAGAAAAAGGCUAAAAAGUUAGAAGGGGAAUUAAAGGUCGGAAAUAUGACUGUCAUUAAGGAUAUAUCAAAAAUGAGGAAAUGUGACAAAAAGGCGAAAAACAAAAUAUACAAGUUAUCAUCCGAUGUUAUACACAAAAUUAUGAAAAAAAAAUAA